UAUUGCUAAACAUUUCUUGCUUAAUUUUUUCUUCUCUUUUUGAUUAAUCACUUAUCUUUCGGCAAUGAAGGAAAAGUUUUCGAGCACAAUUCUGCAAAGCGAAGCCCUCACUAAGUAUCUACUGGAAACAAGUGCAUAUCCAAGAGAGCAUGAACAACUCAAAGAACUCAGGAUGGCUACGGUUAACAAGUACGAGUAUUGGAGCGUGAUGAAUGUGCCUGCUGAUGAAGGUCAAUUUAUAUCGUUGCUUUUGAAAGUAAUGAAUGCAAAGAAGACAAUAGAAGUUGGAGUAUUUACUGGUUACUCACUUCUCUCUACUGCUCUUGCUCUCCCAGAUGAUGCCAAAAUAGUCGCAAUUGAUCCAAAUCGAGAAGCUUACGAGACAGGAUUACCAUAUAUAGAAAAGGCAGGAGUGGCCCAUAAAAUUCAGUUCGUUGAGUCGGAUGCCAUGACUAUUCUUAAGGAUUUUCGGGCAAAUCAGGAAGAAGAAGAGAGUUUCGAUUUUGCAUUUGUGGAUGCUGAUAAGGAAAACUACAUAAACUACCACGAGGAGCUGUUGAAGCUAGUAAAAAUUGGUGGAAUUAUAGCAUUUGACAACACACUAUGGGCUGGUACAGUGGCAUUAUCAGAGGAUAAAGUUGACAAAGAAACCUUAGAACGCAUUGGGGCUAAUAGAGUGCAUCUCAGAGACUUAAACACUUUCUUAGCAGCUGAUUCUCGUAUUGAAUUGGCCCAUCUUUCCAUUGGAGAUGGCCUCACUCUUUGCAGGCGCCUCAAAUAAUUGCCAGAAGAAAUUAUGAUAAGUUUAUUGUACUUUAUUACAAAAUAAAAUGUGCAACACUCUAUCGUAGCAUGUUUGGUACGGUGGAGACCAAAUAGUAAAAAAUAAGAUUGAGAAAGAAAGAAAAAUAUAAGAUCACGUUGAUUCUCGUAGCUAAUGGUAUAUGAGAUUGUGCACGUGCACCAAACAUGCUUGUUGAGCUGCAGCUAUAGUUGUUUUGUCUUUGUCAAUUAUUGAUUGUGUUCAUUUUUCAAUCAAAUUUUUACCUUUCAUAAUCAAUUUGUACUUCAUUCUAAUGAUGACUUUAAUUUAUU